GAAGUAUUUCUGUUAUUUUCUCUAUCUAUAUCUUUUACAACUAGUAAAGUGACUAGUAAAGUAGCUAGUAAAGUAACUAGUAAAGCAGCUAGUAAAGUAGCUAGUAAAGUAACUAGUAAGGAUAGCUUAACAAAAUCAGUAUCAACUGUAGAUAAAUUUCUUCUAUCAAUUUAUAAUAAAAUUAUUAUAUUGACUAAAGAUAAUACUCUUUUGCUAACUGAUUAUAGUAUAGUAUUUAAAGUAUCAAAAGAAACUGAUGCUGAUACUCAAUUAGCUGAUGCUUAUGAUUUUAUAAAAUUUAAAACAGAAUAUUUAAA